AUGAGGGAACUUACUUCGGAUGACUCCACUGGAAACACGCUGGCCCACAGGCGAUCGCCAGGUAUCAGGGCGGGAAUUCCCAUCAGUUUUCUAAGCCUUCACGAGAAAGGCUCUGAGGAAAAAGAUGACGAGGCAGGCUCCCAUGCCGCGAACAGGCCCAAGCAAGUAGAGGGUUCUCAUGAAGGAAUGCCAGCCGCAGCAGAAGGGGAAGAAGGGCAGUCGCAUGCGGCUUCAGAGGAAGCACCGCGACAGGGGGCCUCGUCGGUAGAGGAGCAGCAUGGCGCGGAUGAGCAGCCGCAGAAUCGUCCUGAGGACGACAAGGAAUCUGAUGAAGACAGUGGAUCGGUUUCUCGUAAGGACGAUACCGUGACUGGAGAGGGGAAGACUCCGGCUGAGCUAACUGAAGAGGAUUUUAAAGAGAUGACGUCUAGUCAAGGCCUUGCCAUCCUGCUUGGUCAAGGAAAAGGGAUGGUGCGAGAAGUUCAAGAAACACUUGAUGGAGUCAACGCCGUUGCCAGUAUCACGCAGCUUAUGGGGCAAGUGCGUGAAGAUAUUCGGAAAGACGUCGAAGCCCUGAAUCGCACAAUUACGGAAGAGUACCAGAACAUCGAGCAGCUUCGGCAGCUUCAAGAAGCUCAAACAGCGGUCCUUCGAUCCCAGCUGAGUUACCUUAUUCCUCUGAAGCGUUCUGAGGUACCCUCUCAGCCUGAAGUAGCCGAAAAAGAGGAUGAGAUACCAGAAUCUUCUGCUUUAGUGGAUUUCUGCAACGUGUUACCAGUUGCGCUGAUGCUGUUGUCGCCGUUUUUUCUGAACCUUUGA